AAGAAGCGCAUAAGUUUGUCAUGACGUAGUAGACUGGAUUAGCUGCGUUCACGUUGAUUUGGAGUCUUGCAGGAGCUAGUUACCACCCUGCAUACGGAGAAGCGAGUAGGAGAAAUUUGCUAAAUGUCUUCACCAACCCCAUUAGACGAUGACGACGAGCUUGCAGAAGUGGAGUUUGUAUCGGAGGGCUCUUUCAGACCAGUACUGGAAUGCAUUGACCUGCUGAGUGACAGUGAGGAUGAAGGGUGCUCAUCACUGACUGGCAUGCUUGAAGACAAAAUCCACAGACACAAAGCUCAUGUAACGUCUACACUUGACAGACUGGCACAUAAGGUGGCCCAGGAGAAAAAAGAAAGAGCGGAUAAAUGUAAAGCAUUUAAGGAAAAACAAAUCUUACAAAAAGCUCAUGGGCAGCAAGAGUUGGCUGGUUCUUCAGCAAAUGGUGUAAGCAUGGAAGCAAAGCGCUGUGUGGACAUGUGGUUAAGGAUGCCAGGCCCUAAGCCUGGAGUGAUCAGUGCUGGUUCAGGAAGGAGACACACUCAUGGUGCUUUCUCUAGAAGCAGUUCAACUGGUCACACUUGCCCAGUAAUUAACUGCGGUCGUGUUUAUGAGAACAUUUCCCUCCUUGAUGGCCACUUGAAGCGGUUUGAUCACUCUCCAUGUGACCCUACAAUUCACCUCAGAGGAAGUCCAUCCGAGCUCUUCGCCUGCGUUGCCUGCUGUUUGCGCUUUCAGACCAAGGAAGAAUGGAAGAAACACGUUGAAUCCAAGAUUUCCUCGUCUAGCACUGACAGUCACAGCUUGGAUCAAACCUAUCAGCAGAUCGUUUGCUUUGCCUGUCCUGCCUGCUUCCUCCUCUUUAACUUGCGAGAUGAGUGUCUUCAGCACAUGUCAGACAAAAACCACUUCACUGAGUCUCUCGUUAUGACCGAAAGAAAAGGAACAGCGCAACCAGUUCCGGUCCCAAAUCACGUGAAGGAUCGUCUCAUUGCUUUGUGUAAGGAUGUAGCAUUCAAGGUCCGCUGCUCCUUAUGUCACCAAGUGCUGAUUUCCCAUCAGACAGCUCAAGCACACUUCAAUGUGCACUGCAGGCAAGGCUGCGCUGUGGCCAAGUCUGACAAAACCAUAGUGGACAUUAUAAAACAGCUCCAAGUCCGAGGCCAGUGCAUUCCCUGCUCUAAAAUCUUUCUCAACCAGGCUGAAAUCGAAAGACACAAAGAGUCGAAGCUACACGAAGUCGAGGUCAAUCAAACAAUGGCGAAAGCACUCCUUCAGUACAGUCGCUUUGUUGAAACACAACAAAGUCAAAGAAAAGCAGAGAAACAUCAGAAAAGAAUAUUGUCUGGCCUUGAGGUUGAGUUUCAAAAAAGAAAUAAUAAAUGGAGUGGCCGCCAUGGAUUUCCAGCCAAACGACAAAGACUGAGCCCCGGCUUGAAUGACAGCAGCAGCAGCAGCAGGACCUUGGUGGCGGCUUGGUUUUGCGAAUGUGGCCUGCAGUUUUCUGAGGAGGGCAACGCUAAUAAGCAUCUACUGGCUGCAAACCAGAUUUUCCACCAGUGUGGCGUUUGUGGCAAACACAUGGGGGAGUCUUCAAUCGCCCGCCUACAUAUGAGCCGUUUCCAUGGGGGAGCGCACCUCUCCAACUUCCUGUUCUUCUGCCGCAAGUGCAAAGUGGAAAUGCCCCGGCACGAAGAUAUCUUACUGCAUGUCUCCGAAGUCCACAGCGGACACACCUACCUCACAGAGAAGGCAGUUCCCUAUGACCUCACCUCAGAUCUGGAUGGCAAACCUUCCACUAGCAUCGAAAUCUCAUUGCUCUCGCUUCCUGCUUCCAAAUUGCAGCAGGACACGGUGGAGACUCCUUCUUCGACAGCGGGACACAAUUGGAUGUGCAGGAUGUGCGAAGACGUCUUUGACUCAGAAGCGGCUGUCUUCAAACACUGCACCGAUUUGAGCAGUCACAGCUUCCAGAGAUUCAUCUGUGGACACUGUCCACAGAAGUUCUUCAAAGAAUCCACCGUGCGGCGACACUGCAUGAAUGAGCACGGCGGGCAGAUAAAGAGUUCCCACUUCUGUGGCCUGUGCGACAGCAUGCAGUUUGACACCGAGGACGAGUUCAUGGAUCACUACAGGAAUCUUCACAGUAAGGACUACUACUGCAUGGAUGAGCCUGAAGUUGUUCAGCCUCCUGCUGCUGAGGAAACCAGUCAGAGUGCAUGUCCUUGUAUGGAUGGAGAAAGGUUCAUAGAGGAAAAGAAAGCCACUUACACCCGGUGCAUGAGAAAUCUCGCAACAGAAGGAAAAUGUCUGUACAUAUGUGCGGCCUGCUGCGUGUCUGUUCCUUCUUAUGCACAGAUGAAGACUCAUAUCCACACAAAACAUGCGUCCCUAAACCUGGACAAAACCUUUGACGUAGUGUGCCAAGAGUGCCAGGAGAGCUUCAGCAGUGUGCCGAAGUUCCAUAAACAUUAUCAUUCUAUGCACUGUACACUGGAACCAUGCCUCAGCUCCCAGGAGUGCAUGAGGGAUUCAAAGCCAGACCCCAAAACUGUAAAAAUAAUCAAAGCUGUGGAGAUCAAUUCAGGAAGUGACGAGAUUGAAGACGAAACAUUGGUGAAGAUUUUAAGCACCAAUAAAGUCAGUGAUGAACCAGAAGGGCAUGAAGAGCAAAUAGAUGAAGAAAUGCGCCGUGUGUUGUCUUUGAGCGCAGAAGAAGCAAUAGAGGCUGCAAGAGAGUCUGCUGAUUUGGAGGAAGCUCUACAACGAAGUCUUCUGGAAUUCUAAGAACCUGGAACUUCUGUGAAAUCGUCUGCUGUUGAAAAUUUCAGUUUUCUACUCUCAUUGUUGUCUGAUUUAAUAAAUAAACGUAUCUUGUCGUCA